AUCCUCUCGCUCUCUCUCGCUCUUCCUGUCUUCCGUCCAUCGCAUCGUCCCGAGCUCACCGCCUCGUUCUUCCCGCCAGCAAGGUUCCCUUUCCUUUCCUCUGAUCAUCUGUCGUUCGUUCGAGGCGUGUAGAGAAAGAGAGAGAGAGAGAGAGAGAGAUGAAGAAGAAGAGCAGCAGCAGCAGCGACUCCAUCAAGCCCGACCGCAAGACGGUGGAGCGGAACCGGCGCAUCCACAUGAAGAGCCUCUGCUUCAAGCUCGCCUCCCUCGUCCCUUCCCACCAGCCCAGAUCCACCCCCAAGGACAUGCUGUCGCAGCAGGACCAGAUCGAGCAAGCCGCGGCGUACAUCGCGCAGCUGAAGGAGAAGGUCGAUAUGCUGAAGGCGAAGAAGGAGCUGGCGAUGGCGCGGCUGGACGUCAGCCGCCGCCGCCGCGGCGGGGAGUGCGGGCCGGCAUUCGACGGGGCCGCGGCCAGGCAGGCCUCGGCGCUGCCGUUCGUCAGCAUACGGGACUGGGACUCCGGGGUCGAGGUGACCCUGAUCAGCGGGUGCGGGGCGAGCAAGAACUUCAUGCUGUACGAGGUGAUCGGCAUUCUCGAGGAGGAAGGCGCCGAGGUCGUGAGCGCCAGCAUCUCCAACAUCGGCGACAAGGUCUUCUACACCCUCCAUGCUCAGGUGAGACUUUCUCGGGUCGGAGUGGAGACCUCAAGGGUUAGCCAGAGACUACACGAGCUGGUUUACUCGUUUUAGCUGCCGCGACGAAUUAUUUUGACCAAGAAUCUAGAAAAGAGAAAUAAUGUUAUUAUAUGGUUAGUUUCUUGAUCAGGGCAUGUUAUUAGGGGACCGAGACAGCUCGAAAGCCUUGUUCGUCCCACCACGUGUAAAAAAACAUUUGUAUGAGAGUAGUGAUUUUCCAAAUUGGUUGGAACCCUCGUUCGGAAUGAAG